AUGGAUGUGAAAAAUAUUAUGGAGGAGGUUCAGGCCAUUAAGGUCUAUCCUCAUAUGAUGUUCAACGCUUCCAAGCUCAGUAAGUUUAUAAAGGACGUACAAAUUGGUACAUGUUUUUAUGCCCUAUUUUUUAACGCAGAAAUUUUGAGCGAUUAUGUGGACGUGGCCUUUGGAAAUAAUGAGCACUUUGACAACGAAGUGAUGCUGACGCUGCUGAGGCUGUUCUGUUUGUACCCACACUGCUUCGACAAAACUGUAAUAAAAAAAAUCCUCGUGUGUGUCCUGUACAAUAUAAACGAGAUCGAUAUGAAUAUCUACCUGAGUCUCAUUAACCCUAACCUGUAUGACGACCAAAUAAAAAGUAUCGUUUAUUUGUACGACUUGAUUAAAGAAUGUCAUUUUAUUAAAAUGUGGAAUUGCAUUAAAAACAACCAAUGGAUGGACAACCGCACCUGUGACUACUCCUUCUUAGCAACUCACGAAAUUUUUAUCAUAAACAUUAGGAAGUAUAUAAUAAAUUGUAUUACUUUAAGUUUUGAAAAUAUUUCUCUUGAAAAUAUGGCGGCUUAUUUGAAUUUUCAAGAUAUGAAUGAACUGGAAAAUUUUUUAAUGGAAAACAAGUGGACCGUUAAGAAGGCUGUGCAUAAGGACGAAGAGGUGAAAGUAUGUUCUAAUGGCAACAUUGAAACCAUGCAACAGACCAAAAAAAGCAUCAAUACCUACUUUAACGAGGACAAUAUAUCGUCUUAUAUUAACAAACUCAACAAUUGA